AUGGAGAAUUUGAAAAUCUUAGGGUCGGUACAUUUUGCUGGCGGAAGCAGGAAAGAACUGACUCGGCAGGCAUUUGCUCGAGUUGUCCAUAAAACUUAUAUUGCAGAGUUUCCAAAGUCCGCCUGGGCGGAUCCUUUCAUCAAUUUCGGGGCUAUCCCUGAGCGUGAAAGAAAGGUGCUCAUUGAAAGAGUGAUACAACGGUGCAUCGAGGCCAGGACUUUUGCCGAGGGCACUCCGGCUUCCCUGAUUGAAAAUGGAGUGCUUGUGCGGUUGAAGUUGGUACGAGCUGCGUGGGGUCAGGUGCAAAUCAAGAAGUACAAGGAAGCUCAAAAGUCUCAAGGAACUCAGGAACAGGCAAGUGGACAUCGUAUUUGUGAAAGUCUCAUGGGUCGGCUGGCUGACUGGGCCGCAGAAUCCGAUCGGGGCUGA